CACUACAUUCUUUGUCAGAAAUACUGCAUGUCCAGAAAAUUUUGAUAUAAGAAUACAUAAAAAGAAAAUUGAAAAAAGCACAUUGGUGAAAUAUCAGAAUGAAAAAUUUGAAUAACUUCUUAUGUAUAAUGUUCUGCCCUGCAAAAAGAAUAUAGUAGUAAAAUCAUUUGAUUGUAUUAAGACGUUGUUACAAUCUACAGGUAUCAAGCCUCAAAGCUUUAAACCUAAUUGUGGAUCUCUGCAUACUGUGUUUGAUCAAGAAAAAUCCCCAUCUUCUAAGGGUAUGGGACAGGAUGAACUUAGAAGUAUCCCUAAUGUAAUACAUGAUAUAAAGUUAAUCACACAAAAAGACGUUUUCAAGAGAAAUGUCCAACAUACUAAAAGUCAACAUGGAAAGCGAAUCAUGGAAAAUAAAUUGUCCAUGGAUUUUAAAAAGCCAAGCAAAAAACUAAAAAUGCCAGAGGGCCUAGAAGAAUCAUCAGUCAUGAAAGUUCUCAUAAAUGAGGAUAUUUCCACUGAACAUGGAAUACCAAUAGAAGAUAAUACUGUUGCCAUAGAUUCUGCAGUAAUUUCAGAAAAACUAGAUUAUAAUGAAACAAGUAUCCUAUCUUUAUUAGAUUGUAUACCUGAUUUACCUGAUUUAAGUCUGGAGCUGCCUUCUCAAAAUCAAGUUGCCACCAUGUCUAGCAAUGAAACAGCAGACCAAGAGCAUGUCAUUACAUACAGUUACAAUAUUUUUGAGAAAUCGGUAGUUCUCAAAACAGACAAGAAUGAAUUAAAAGAAAUGGAUGAAAAGAAAACCAUAACGGAGACACUGGAUAGUGAAAAAAGUAUGAACUGUAAUAGUAGGAAACCACAACUGUAUAGCUGUCAAAGGGUAAUCCCAAUUAGUGGUAAAAAUAUAUGGCUUCGUGAAUCAUGCGCAAGGACAUCCUUGUGGGUUUGUAAAAAUCAUGCAUUGGAUUCACAUACAGGAUAUUUAGAAGAUACUGAUUCAGUAACAAAAUGCAGCAAAUUGGAGGUCCAUAAGCCAUUGGUAGAUAGUUGUAAAAUAUCUAUAAAUACAAUGGAAUGUGUUGAAAGUUCAGACUCUGUAUUGCAUAAAGGGAAGACACUUUCACCUAUUACCGAGAAUAGGUUUUCUUCUGAUGAUAUCGAAAGAUCUAAACAAAGUACACUUGGUACUGAAAUUGCAAAAUCAAAAGUGAUUUUGAAUUUAAUAAGGAAAGAAGUCAAAGAAAAAAAUCUAAAUAUUCAGAAAGGCUCAUUUGCAGGCAUUAGGAAAAAGAGGACAGAUAAUCCAAAAGCAUCAGUUACCAAACAAAAAACAGUGUUGAAAAAUUUGGCAUCAGGAACUUUGUCAAAUUUCAAAAUUCCUUUAGUUAAGGAUAAAUGUAAUUUUAGAAAACCACAAACUGAAACAUCAUCCAAAAAAGAUGCUGGCAAUUCUUCAAAUGUUUUAAAGAAUGCUCUUUCUCUAAAAGAAGGUAGAAUUGAAGCGGCUUCCUCUGUCAAAAAUUCUAGCUCACAAAUCCAAUCUGACCAGGAGAAUUAUACGUCUGCGCUGGAAAAAUACAUAGAUCAAUUCAUCAGUGAUAUCUCUGAAAACUUUUCUAAGAGAACAGUUUGUAAUACUUUUGAGAGUAUUUUACAUGAGAAUAAACUAAAAUCACCAACUUUGAAUACUACUCCUUUCUCUUUGAGUACUGAAAAUAUAGAGGAACAAAUGCUAAAUUCUGCUUUGGCCUCAGGAAUUAUUGAUAAAGUUAAUGUCAACAAUAAGUUGGCACAGGACAAUUAUGACAUUUGUACAGAUAUUCUUAAGGCUUACGAAAAUGAUAUUCUUGUGAUAGAUGUUAUUCAAGAUGACCCUGACCUGUUUGGAGAUAUUGUUAAGAAAGAAGAUGACUAUGCAAAUAUUCAUAAUACUAAAAACAUUUAUACUAGUGACUUUUCAGAAAAAGAUCUGGAAUGGAAACCGAACUCUUCUCAACUUUCAAAAAGCAAGCAUUUGAAAUCCAUUAGAGAAAACUUCAUUCAAAAUUAUGAAACACUGAAAUUGGAUGAAAAUGCUGAGGGUUUGGUGAUACAAGGAGGAAUAUCAGAAUCAUCUCCUGAAGAUGGACAGCUGUCAGAACUGAAUAAACUUACCAAGGUUUUUGAUACAGAUGAAAAGUAUGAAUUUUCAAAGAAAUUACUUGCUACGCAAGAACAGAAAACAAGUGUUCAAGACUUUGCAAAAAUAUUCCCAAGGAAAUAUCCUCCUUUGCCCUUACCAACUACUAAUAGUUAUAAAACUUGGAAAAGAGAAAAACAUCCAGAGACUAAUUUAGGAUUGACUUUACCUCGUGGAUACUGCAGAUACCAUUUCAAUUCAUUGCAUGGCUGUAAUAAACCAAAUUGCUGGCUGUCGCAUGUUCUUAUAUCAAGAGAUGAUAAGCUUUGCAGUGAAAUAAUUAAGAAAUACAUAAGUAUUGGUGGCGUAGCUUUGCUGCAACGGGCAGUACAUAUAUUCUCAGAUUACUGCAAAAAAGGUACUGCUGUAUAUCACUUGGAUUCACAAAUGUUUCAUGAUCUCCUAACAUCUUUGCUUCAGUUCUGUUUGCUGAAAGAACUUUUUCAUGUAGUGGAAACUGGCAUCAGGAUUAAAAUAUUACCAAGUAUAGAUAUUCUGGUCAAAAUGUUUGAAGAAGUGGCUUUGAUGAAAGUAAAAGAGGCAGUACCUGAAUUAUUUGACAUCUUUUGUAAGCUUAUUGAUGCUGGAAUGGUUCUUGAAAGUGAACAUAUUAGACAUAUCACCAACUUACUAAACCAGUUACAUGUUUCCACUCAGGAAAUUACUAUGCUUAUGUCCAGAUUUCAGGAAAUACAUUUUCACAAGGCCAUCUUUUGUGAUUUUGAUUCAACAAUAGCAGAAUUUAAGCUUUGUAAAGAAAAAAGUGACUGGACUAAAUUGGGAACUUUGUAUGUUAAAGUGACAAGAGGGUGUAAAAAUGCUGAUUAUCUUGAAAAAUAUUCAUGGCAUGUAGCCAGCAUACUAAUCAGUUCAGUGAAGGAAGAAAAGCCAGGCAUUCCAUUUUGUGAAUUUGCGACUGCAGUUAAUGUUGGUGCUCAUCGUGAUGAAAGAGACAUUUCUUCAUUAGGACGGAUUGGCAUUAGUGUCAUGUUUUCAUAUUACAGAGUACACCAGUGGUCAAAGGCCAAGAAGGUUCUGGAUGUGUUUCAUGCUUUAAAGAUAAACUUCACACUUCUUAAAGGACUUCUUAAAUCAGAGCAAUUGGUAUCAAGAUGUCAAGUUAUUAAUGUUGCUAUAGAAAUCUUUCUCAAAUGUGGUAACCUUGAUGGAGCACUGUGGGUAUUGAGAGGGGCAGAAUGGAUAAUAAAUACAGCAGCAUGGCCUUGUGAAAAAACGGAUGUCCUCAAUCGACGUAAUCUGCUAUAUGCUGUAGCAUCUGAAUUAAUUACAAAAAAACGGCAUGAUGAAGCGUUUGAAGUCUUAAAAAGUCUCCCAAGUUUUCAGAAUGCUCAUGACUCUCUGGAUGUAUCCCAGUACUUCCUUUUGUUUAAUAAAUUGCUAAGUGCUUGUUCAGAAAGCAGGAACAUUGAAAUAUCAUCUGCUGUAGUAGAAUUCAUGUUUGCAAGAAAUAUUCCUAUUGAAUUUAAUUUACUUCGAACAUUAAUCACAGCACUAGGAAGAAGCUGUUUGUGGCUUAAGGCCAGGAAACAUUAUAAAAGUGCUUUAGCAUUAGGUUGCUAUCCACCACCAGAGGGAAAUCUUUAUCGUAAACUUUUACUGAUUCCUUCAUAUAUGAGUGAAAUUGAAAUGCUAUUAGCAAUUGAAUUUUUUUUAGUUUCAAAUGCUAGUUGUAUUCAGAGUCCUGGAGCUUCCAGUCAAAUACUUCAAAUAGUAUUAAAAAGAUGUGAAGAUAACAAUAUUCGAAACAAUGAUGAAUAUCAGAAUGCUUCAGAGAGACUGUUUCAGGCUGCUCAGAUAUCUAAUCCAAAGCUUUUCGUAAAGCAUUUGACAGUCAAUGUUAAUAAGGACCAAAUUUAUAAUUUGGAGCAUACUUCUGUUGUUAAAUGGUUGAAAGAGAAUAUGAAAUGGGCAGGAAAAACCUGGCUUUUUAAGUCAAGAUUUAGUUACAGUAAUCAUUGCUUAAAAUAAAUCAAUAAAGGUUGUUUCUGUUGUUUUCAGAUUCUUAAUAAUUCAAUCUUUUGGUUUCUAACAUUAAAAAAACAAUUCAGAAUAUGGCUUUCUAAGCAUGGUCAUUCAGAAGGACCUGUUCUUGAUCAUUUAAUCUCUUUUUUGUGUGUGUGUCAAAAUAUGCUUACA